UGUCAAUAGUCAUAUGUGAGUUUGCGUUAGUGGUUCACGUAUUUCUACUUCAGUAAUUAACUUGUACCUAGCAAAGGAUUUUGCGUAAAUAACUCAAGUUAAAUAACAGAAACAAGGCUCUUUAAUUGCUUGUUAAGAAUCGUAAAAAUAUAAUAAUAAUUUUAAAUAUAAAUUGUUCGCUUAAUUUAAGUUUCUUUAAUUUUCCGUGAAUUAAAAUGAUGGAUACAACCUCUAAUUUGAUUGUUUCCUCACCAAAUAUUAAAUAUACUGAAGAUUUUAUCUAUUCAGACUAUGAAUACGAGGAUACUCUUGUAACUAGAAAUAAGAAUGAGCUAGUGGCAAAACCAUACCGAACAUCACUUCAAAUUAAAACAGAGAGGAAGAUUGGCAGGGUUGGUGUCAUGUUGGUAGGCUGGGGUGGAAAUAAUGGAUCCACCUUUACAGCAGCAGUACUGGCCAACAGACAUCAACUGUCAUGGAAUACAAGAAAUGGAAAACUAGAUUCUAACUGGCUUGGAUCAAUCACACAAGCAUCUACAGUUCGUCUAGGACUAGAUGAAAAAGGGAAUGAUGUAUUUGUCAAAAUGUCCCAACUGUUGCCUAUGGUACAUCCAGAUGAUCUAGUUAUCGAUGGAUGGGACAUAAGUCCUUUGAACCUUGCCGAGUCAAUGGUACGGGCGAAAGUCAUCGACUAUGAUCUUCAGCAGAAGUUGAAGAAAGAGAUGUCAGCUAUGAAGCCUAGACCAGCUAUUUAUGACCCAGACUUCAUUGCAGCUAAUCAGGCUGACAGAGCAACGAACCUCAUCCGUGGUACGCGCUACGAGCAGUACCUACAGAUUCGUGCAGAUAUCAAGAACUUCCGCGACAAGAAGAAGUUGGAUAAGGUCAUUGUACUCUGGACAGCUAAUACUGAAAGGUUCUGCGAAGUGCGGCAAGGUGUCCACGAUACAGAUGAGAAUUUGGAAAAGGCGCUCCGUGCUAAUGAUUCUGAGAUUUCCCCUUCUACAAUCUUUGCUAUGGCCGCUAUUGAUGAAGACUGUUGCUACAUCAAUGGAUCGCCACAGAACACAUUAGUCGCUGGUGUGGUCGAAAGGGCGGAAAAACGUGGCGUUUUUGUUGCUGGCGAUGAUUUUAAGUCCGGACAGACGAAGCUUAAAUCUGUGCUUGUCGAUUUUCUUGUGUCUGCUGGUUUAAAACCAGUAUCUAUUGUGAGCUACAAUCACCUCGGCAACAAUGAUGGAAAGAAUCUCUCAGCUCCCAAACAGUUCCGAUCCAAAGAGAUAACAAAGAGCAACGUUGUGGAUGACAUGGUGGAAUCGAAUCGCAUUUUGUACGCGGAAGGGGAGAAACCAGAUCACGUGGUGGUUAUUAAAUACGUGCCGUAUGUUGGUGACUCCAAGCGAGCUAUGGACGAGUAUACUUCGGAAAUCCUCCUUCACGGAACAAAUACCAUCGUGGUCCACAACACGUGUGAGGAUUCCUUACUUGCAGUUCCACUCAUUUUGGAUUUGGUGGUGCUGGCUGAGUUAUUCACUCGUCUGUCUUUCAGACCUAAUGUCAAUCAAGAAUGGACCCCAAUGCACGCGGUUUUGUCCCCUCUAGCCUAUCUCCUGAAGGCGCCCUUAGUUCCCCCGGGAACACCCGUUGUCAACGCCCUGUUCAAGCAGAGGGCCUGCAUCGAUAACAUAAUGAGGGCCUGCCUCGCACUUCCACCUGUCCAUCAUAUGCAGUUGGAACAUAAGGUUCCAUUUUUGAUGUCCGAUUUGAAGUCUGGAGCGAUGUUCGCUUCAUCACCGCCAAUGAAGAAGCAAAAAUUGGGCCACGAAAAUGGCGACCAGUAAUAUUUUUCUAUCUACAUUUAUAGUUGACAUUUGACAGUACCAUAUUGUCAAAUGACAUAGACUAAAUUUUAUACUCUAUUUCUUAUUUUCACAGAUCUACUAUCGAAAUAUCCAAAAUUGUUUAAUCUCAUUUAGAAUCUUUAGCACAAAAGAUCUUUUUUUCAGUGUUGUAUUUUAAGUGUUGAUAUAUCUUUCAACUAAAGCACAAUACAUAUAUUAUAUGUAUUAUAUUAACGUAAAAUCGAAUAGUAACAUUCAGACUUUAGUCAAGGGU